AUGAGCCAGCAACAACACGAUAUGUAUCUCGACUACUCAGCCCCCGCCAAUCGCUCCCCGAGCUCGUCGAGGGGAUAUGCGGGUGGCUUUCAAUCUGGCCUCUCGCUCCCCCGUCAGGCCCAGCGUCCUUACGACAACGGCUUGGGCUCCUCUGCCUUGUUCCCUUCCGAUCGUCUUGGCUACAACCCCAGAGCCAUGGACCAAAUGUCUGCUAAUGGAAUGCCCGGAGGAUACAUGUUGGACAACAGCCAGGCCUGGAACUACAACGCUGGCGGUGUUGCGACCGUCAACGGCGCUAUGAACGGCGCCAAUAGACAAAGGAGCGUCAACCGCCGAGCUGCUCUGCCCACGAACUGGACCGACCAAGGCCUCGGCAUGCACAGCUCAUAUGGAUCCGGCCUCAACAACGGAAUGUCGAACGGUCUUCGCUACGACGGACAAGGCGACAUGCGACCCAGCUCGCAGACCGAAGAGCAGCUCAUUCCCACCGCCAUUGUCAUCAAGAACAUUCCCUUCGCCGUGCGCAAGGAGACUCUCGCCGCUGUCAUGCUGGAAAUGCACCUCCCUCAGCCAUAUGCCUUCAACUACCACUUCGAUAACGGCGUCUUCCGCGGCCUGGCCUUUGCCAACUUCCAGUCUCCCGAAGAUACCAAGAUUGUCAUUGACGCCAUGAACGGCAUGGAGGUCCACGGCCGCAAGCUGAGGGUCGAAUACAAGAAGAUGCUGCCGGAAGCCGAGCGGGAGCGUAUCGAGCGCGAGAAGAGGGAGAGGCGCGGUCAGCUCGAGGAGCAGCACCGCGCCCCGAUGCUGCACCAGCAGCCUUCGCUUCAGACCCUGAACAGCGUCUCUAGCAACCCUCCUCGUGGCCCUCUUGAAGGAGAUAUUGACCUGAAUGACCCGGAGACUCUCGAGUUCUACACCGAGCUCACCCUUUUCAAGCGUGAUACCUCGCGCGAGAUUCUCAUCUUCCCCUCCACUGUUGCGCCUGAGCAGCGCCGUCGUAUUCACAUCUUGGCCCACCACAUGGGUCUGGAGCACAAUUCCGUCGGGGAGGCGGAGUCGCGCCAGAUCCACGUUGUCAAGCGCCAGCUUCCAUCGCCCACGGCUCAGAUCCACUCUCCCGCUGUCGGAUUGGACUACCACAAGAAGGGCCUCAGCAGAGCGGCGACUUUCGACUUUACAGCUGACAGAGAGGCUCGUAGUGCCAGCACCAACUACUCUCACGCCAUCGGCCGCCAGGGUCCGACUUUGGAGCUUCCUGGAAGCCCUGACGGAAACGGUCUUGCCAACCUGCGUGCCGCCAAGAGCUUUGCCGACCUACGUUCCUUUAGCCCCAGUCCGUCCGCGUCCUCUUCGAGCUACCUGACGGCGAUGAACGGCAUCGGCAACAUCCCGCAGUCUGGCAACUCCAACCCCCGCUUCGGCGAUUACAAUGGAGGCGUGAAUCAGACAGGUCAGCUUGCUACGCCCAACCUGACCCCCACCUCUGGCACGGUCGGCACUCCUGGGACCGACAGCAGCCUGCUCAGCUCUCUCGGUGGCCUCAACCUCGGAUCGUACGAGUCGGCGGCCCAUUCUCAGGCGCGCAGCACACCCGGCGCGAUUGGAAGCCAGCGCCCCGGUGCGAACAGUGGCAACCGCAACGCUCCCGAGAGGCAGCCUCGUGGUCCCGAGUGGGAGACGUCUGCCGGCUUCAGCGGCCGCAACCGUUCCAAUGGCCACAUGCAGCGCGGAAGCGACUCUUCCGACAAUGCCCCUCGUGCAGGAAGCGCCGGCGCAUCUCGAUUCCACUAG